GUAUGUGACCUCGUUAAAUCAAAGAUACGACCCUGAUCUUCUUCCACACUUCCUGUAUUUCACAGAUAAAAACACACAGAAACCGUACAAACUGCGUAAUCCUCUGGCGAAGCCGCUGAAACCUCACGCGUUCUUCCCGCCUCGUCCCGCUCUUCAUAACAGGACUCGACUUUCUCCUCUCCUCAAAAACUCAGCUUUCCCCGGAGCUCCUCGCACUUCCUUUGCACUACCAGAGAGCCGCCAGGAAACUUUCCCUCCAAAACACCCUCUUGUGUCACUUGAGGAUCAGGUUCCCAUGAUCCCGGUACCUCUCUCUGUGGCCGCAGACGAAGAGAACACCGUUAGAAAUGACACCGACCGACCGGCGGAUCCACUUCCUGUCCUCCCCCAACUCCCGCCCACCAAAGCCCCUCAUACCAACACCAUACCCCUCCUUAAAUUACCCUCCAAUGGCGACUUGCUUCAGGGGCCAACUACUAAGGCGCCCUCUAACGCACCGGGGAAGCCUCAGAACCCUGCCGCUUUUGGCAAAUCACAGGACAGAUCUUCUCUUCUGAGGUCAGCUCUGGCCAAUGAGAGAGCCAGAACUAACAUUUGGGUUAACAGACAGCCUCAUCGGGGCUUCUCCCCUCCUAGACCGGCCUUAUGGUCCAGACCUCGACUGGGAUCACCUGCUCGCCCGUCGAUACCGAUCAACAAGAAACCGAAUCUGGUGGGAAAACCAGGAGAAACCGACAAGGUGAACAACUUUAAGCAGACGGACAAGCUGCCGGUCCUGAAACCCAAAGCCUCCCCGCCAGCAACUAUCAAGCCCACCAAACUGGACCGGAAACAGACCACAACCGGAGCGCCGACCACAACCGCCAGUCGACAGGAAACCUGGGAGGACUCAGACCUGUUCAAGUCCCAGCCGGCCACUGACGUCGACGCCUUGGGCAAGAAACGCUACGUGGCGCCUCACGUCGUCUACCAAACGGGGAAGAAGCCGGAUGAGCCUUGCUCCAUCACCUCCUCCCUCAACUACUUCCCCGUAGACGAAGCCGUCAAUGCGAACCUGACGGCUCCACCCAAGUCUCCGCCCUCCAACCUCACCGUGGUGACGGUGGAGGGGUGCCCGUCCUUCGUCAUCCUGGACUGGGAGAAAACCGAUAACGACACCACGGAGUAUGAGGUCAUCUCCACCUCUAAAGGACCCGACGGCGAGCAGGUCUCCAUCCUGACCACCAACCAGACCCACACCACUGUGGAGAACCUCAAACCUGAGAGCAGUUAUGAGUUUAAGGUGAAGCCAAAGAACGAGCUGGGUACAGGUCCUUCCAGUGACCCGGUGUCCUUCAACACAGAGUCGGCGGAUCCUCGAGUGAGCGAGAACGUCUCCGGCAAAGACGCCAUCUGGACUCAGUUCCCCUUUAAGACGGACUCAUACUCGGACUGCCACGGGAAACAGUACGUGAAGAGAACCUGGUACCGGAAGUUUGUCGGGGUCCAACUGUGCAACUCGCUCCGGUACAAGAUCUACCUGAGUGACUCGCUCAACGGUAAAUUCCACAACAUCGGAGAUCAGACUGGUUUCGGUGAGGAUCACUGUCAGUUUGUCGAUUCGUUCCUGGAUGGAAGAACGGGCCAGCAGCUCAGAGCAGACCAGCUCCCAUCCAGAGCUGGUUUCUACAGAGCCGUGCGUCAGGAGCCAGUCCACUUCGGACAGAUCGGAGGACACUCCCACGUCAACUACGCCUCCUGGUACGAGUGUGGGACGCCCAUCCCCGGUAAAUGGUGAACAGACCGAGUGGUUCUCGGAGAACCCCAGAAGAGGAACCGUCGCCCGGACUGGGACGGCAGCAGGGUUCCUUAAAGACCUUCAGGACUCCGUGGUCCACCACGUCACCCAGAGCUGUAAAAACAUGUACGGGACAUACUCGUCAGGGAAUUAGUAACGAGAGAGCAUUUUAAAAUAUAGCUAACAUGCCUCGUCUUCAGUAGAGGAGGAAGGUUUGGUUUCUCUGUGCUAGAUAUAUUUUAUUUUGUGUAAAAUGAUGGGAAGCUGGCUCCCUAAAAAACUAUUUUCAUAAAUUAUUUAUCAUAAGGUCUUUGAUUACAUUUCUUUACGAGGUCUAACAGGAAGUGGUCUUCUUCUGUUUUAUUUGUUUUCAGCUCAUUUCUCUUGAAAAACUAGAAACCGUCCUGCUGGACUUUCUUAACUGGGAGCUGACCAGUAAAACCAGUUCUCUAGUGGCGACCAGUAGACGUCCUGCUGGAUGUGGUGAACAAGUGAUAUUCAUUACAGACCUUAAAGUAAACUUCAUCAGUAGACAAAAACUAA